UCUCUGAACUAUUGAACAUGCCUUUGUGAUCUUUAAGUGUUCCAUCCAACACAAUGUGAUUAUGAGGAAGAAGGCAAAACAGACGAGCUCAAGGUCAAGUGGUGAUUGCUGACAUGUGCUUAAGAAAUUAAGAGGAGGGCAGUGUGUUUUAGUGCAUUAAACAUUCCUUUACGCCGUGAUAUUCUUUCACCUGAUUACAGUCUGCUAUGGGUUAUGAGUAGUUUCGUUCAAAGUUACCUAACACCACUUGUUCGUUUUUUUUUAAUGUAGUUAGAAUGUUUAUAAUAUGAGGAGUAUUCUCCAUGGUCUCACUUCACACUUCAUCGUGGGUAUUCUUUUAUGUAGGCCAUUUAAGUUUCCUAAAAACGCCUUAAACGGUUGCUGUGGGGAGAACUGUGGCCAUUUAGACCAUUUGAGUCAUUUCAGAGAUGUACACUUGCCGCCAUGUAACCAGAACACGCCUCUGUGGAAGGCUGGAAUGACAGCGCUCGGCGGGGAGAAAAGCACUCACUUCCUCACCUCCCCCUGGAUCGCUCUCACUCUCCUCCUCUUGUUUAUUUCGUGAAAACAUGAAGGAAAGCGAACCAUUUCCAGCGGAGACGAAAGUCAAGUGAAAGUUUUUUUUUUCUCCUAGAGCUUUCGAAGGAAAGGGGGGGGGGGAAAGGCCAUCAUUAGCAGGCGGAUGGACGGCAGGAAGGAAAAGAUCAAUUCAAUUCCGUGCGACGAUAAGAGCGUAAAUGAAUAUACGGUGUACGAAGUCUUAAGCUGCGCUCGCCCGCACUGCGGAACACACUCGCCCGGUUGUUAAUGUGGGACUUUGAGACUGGCAACUUCGGGAAGUUUUGGUUGUUUUUUUUUUCCCUCUCUCUCUCUCCAAGUUUGCGCAGCCGCCCGCAGAGUAGAAACCUCGCGUCAGGUUCCUUCUCCUUCACCCCGGAAAGGUCUCAAGCUCACGGGUUCAGGACGCCGAAGUCGGAGAGGCGUCGUCCCUCGCUGUGGUAGCCGUCAUGGCUGGGGCAAAACCGGGAGUUCACGCUCUCCAACUCAAACCGGUGUCCGUCCAUGAAACACUAAAGCGGGGGAGCAAAUUCAUCAAAUGGGAUGAGGAACCCAACAACAGUGUGCCCACCUUGGUCACUCUGAAAGUGGACCCUAAUGGAUUCUUCCUCUACUUGACGGGCAGCUCCAGCAUGGAUGUCGAGAUUGUGGAUAUCAGCCAUAUCAGGGACACCAGAACAGGGAGGUUUGCCAAGACACCAAAGGACCUUCGUGUGCGAGAACUGCUGGGCUUGGUCAAAGGCGAGGGGAAUGCGGAAGGUAAGCUAGUGACAGUUGUCUACGGCAACGACCUGGUCAACGUCUCCUUCCUCAACUUCCAGGCCAUGCAGGAGGACACUGCCAAGGUGUGGACCGAAGAGCUGUUUAACCUUGCUACAAACAUACUGUCACAAAAUGCCUCGCGCAACACCUUCUUAUUCAAAGCAUACACCAAGCUCACUCUGCAGUCGACCCAGGACGGGAGGAUCCCAGUGAAGAAUAUUCUGAAGAUGUUCUCCGAUAAGAGGCGAGUGGAGACUGCACUGGAGCAUUGUGGCCUUUUGACUAAGAGGGCAGAUGGGAUCAAGCUGGACGAGUUCACGUGGGAGAAGUUCCAGAGCUUCCUCAACAACUUGUGCAUGAGGCCUGAGAUUGACCACAUCUUCAUGGAGCUUGGAUCUAAAGGAAAGCCCUUCCUCUCUCUGGAUCAGCUGAUGGACUUCAUCAACCAUAAGCAGAGGGACUCGCGUCUGAACGAGGUGCUGUACCCGCCCCUCAAACGUGAACAGGUCCGCCAGAUCAUGGAGAAAUACGAGACCAAUGCCAGCCAGCUCGAGAGAGAUCAGAUCUCCCUGAUGGGCUUUGGUAAGUUUCUAGGAGGAGAUGAAAACGCAGUCGUCCCCCCUGAAAGGUUUGACAUCAUGGAUGAUAUGAACCAACCACUAUCCCACUAUUUCAUCAACUCCUCACACAACACCUACCUCACAGUGGGCCAGUUAACAGGGCCCUCCUCAGUAGAGAUGUACAGGCAGGUGCUUCUGACAGGCUGCCGCUGUGUUGAGCUGGACUGCUGGAAGGGCCGGCCCCCUGAUGAAGAGCCCAUCAUCACACACGGCUUCACCAUGACAACUGAAAUCCCUUUCAAGGAAGUGAUAGAGGCCAUUGCAGAGAGCGCGUUUAAAACCUCCCCCUACCCAGUCAUCCUCUCCUUCGAGAAUCACGUAGACUCCACACGACAGCAGGCUAAGAUGGCCGAUUACUGCCGCUCUAUAUUCGGCGACGCGCUACUCAUUGAACCGCUGGAGAAGUACCCGCUGGUCCCAGGUCAGCCACUGCCCAGCCCUCAGGAGCUCAUGGGCAAGAUCCUGAUCAAGAACAAGAAGAAGCAUGAGCACCGCACAUGGAACGGAGGCAGCGUCAGGCGCAGGCCAGGAGAGGGAGCCGAAGAGCAAGCCUUACCUCCCAAUGACUGUUCGUUGUCUGAAGGGGAGACAAGCCAAAUCAUGUCCAAUGGGGGCGAGAAUCUGGCAGAGAGGCUUGUCAAAGACGGCGAUAUCCGCAAGUCCAUUGAUCGUGGAGAUGGAGAGAGUGAUGAAGAGGAGGAGGAAGAGCUUGUGACAGACCCCAAAAAACACCUCUCUGAUGAGGGAACAGCAUACAGUGAAGUGAACGCUACCGAAGAGAUGUCCACGCUGGUGAACUACAUCGAGCCAGUCAAAUUCAAAUCCUUCGAGGUCGCAACACAGAGGAACAAGUAUUUUGAAAUGUCCUCCUUUGUGGAGACCAAAGGUAUGGAUGCACUGAAGAAUUCACCCAUCGAAUUUGUGGAAUACAAUAAGAAACAGCUGAGUCGGAUCUAUCCCAAAGGCACACGCGUGGACUCCAGCAACUACAUGCCUCAGCUCUUCUGGAACGUGGGCUGCCAGAUGGUGGCCCUCAACUUCCAGACGCUCGAUCUGCCCAUGCAGCUCAACAUGGGCGUGUUUGAGUACAACAGCCGCAGCGGCUACCUGCUGAAGCCCGAGUUCAUGAGGCGCACAGACAAACACUUCGACCCCUUCACGGAGACCAUAGUGGACGGCAUCGUGGCCAACACAGUCAAGAUCAAGAUUGUGUCGGGGCAGUAUCUGAGUGAUAAGAAGGUGGGCGUGUACGUGGAGGUGGACAUGUUUGGGUUGCCUGCAGACACCAAGAGGAAAUACCGCACCAAAACGUCCAAUAGCAACUCGAUGGACCCGGUCUGGGACGACGAACCUUUUGUCUUCGUUAAGGUGGUAUUACCCACACUGGCAUCUCUGAGGGUCGCUGUUUUUGAGGAGAAUGGAAAGUUCAUAGGUCAUCGAGUUUUGCCAGUAGUAGCUUUACGGCCAGGGUACCAUUACAUUAAUCUGAAGAAUGAACUCAAUCAGCCUCUCUUGCUGGCCUCUCUGCUGGUAUACAAUGAAGUCCAGGACUACAUCCCCAACCGGCACCAAGUGUAUGCUGAGGCUCUGACCAAUCCAAUCAAACAUGCACUGGACCAGAGAGACAGGCAGCUGGCCGUGUUCAUGGAAGACAACAAUGAGUUGCGAAUCCAGGCGAAGCAGGAUGAGGGAGAGAAAUCAGACCCUAGUGCCAUGAGCACUAUAGACUUCCAGUGCAUCAUGCCAUCUCCAUCUAUCCCCCCGAUGGUGGCUGAGGUCAUGUAUGGAACAGGCCAGAAAGAAGACCUGGUCCACAGUAUAUUAACAGUGAUAGAGCCUCAGUCCAUAGAUGAUUUCAGGAAACAUAAGUCCUAUAUGAAGCUGAUGAAGAAGCAGUGCAAAGAACUGAAGGAACUACGCCAGAAGCAUCUCAAGAAGGUGUGGGCCCUCAGCAAGGAGCAGAAGACGAAGAAUACCCAGCCUAACACGGAUAUCCAGAGACGCAAGAGUCAAGUGGAGAGAAAACUCCGCAUCAGUGUAAAGAAAAACGAGCCUGAGGAGGCAGCGCAGGGAGAGAUGGAGAAGCAGGCGGUGCUGCUCAGGGAGUGGCAGAUGCAGGAACUGGUGGAACUCCGCAAAAAGCAACAGCAGCUGGAGAAAGAGAAAAAGCUCACUCACAUCAAUGAGUCACAUCAGAAGCUAAAAGAAAUUGCUCAGGAAUGCCAGUCAGCCCAAAUAAAGAAACUGAAGGAGAUGUGUGACAAAGAGAAGAAGGACCUCCAGAAGGUCCUGGACAGAAAAAGGCAGAACAGCAUCAUGGAGGCCAAGAAAGGGGACAAAGAGAAGGCGGAGUCUGAACUGACUGAGAUCAAUAGGAAACACAUCCAAGAAUCUGUGAGCUUAAUCCUCAGGAUGGAUGAAAGUCAGGAGAAGCGUCAGGAAAGGCUGAAGGUGCAGCACAGGGAAAUCUUCCAGGAGCUGGAGGAGGACCUGCCCCUGCAACAGAAGAGUUUGGAGCGGGAAUGCUUGGCGGAGCUCCAGCGCGUUCCCGAAGAGAUCUGCUGCUACCUGCAGGGGGAGCUGGAGAGCAAAGGUCUCCGCAGCGACGCGCUCUUCAGUCAGCUCCCCAGUCUGGAUAACGCCGGGUCGGGAUCGGGCCCAUCCUCCACCUGCAGCACCCCCUCUUUGUCCUCCCCCAGUCACAGCUGGAGCCAAAGCCUGGACCACAGCACCUCGCUGGGAGACUCCUCCUCCUCCAGCACGCCCGCGACGUCCGAGUCCGAGCUCACGGCCGUGUGACUGCUUUAGUCUGACCGCUUCUCUCCUUCAUCACUCCCUCGCGCUCUCCUUUUGCAUUCGUUCUCUCGUGUUUCCCACUGGAUUGUGAUAGAAAUAGUCUUACUAAAAGGUGUAUAAAUGUUUUUAAUGGAUUUGGUUUUUUUUGGGUUUUUUUACAGUUUAAUUUUUUUCUUUUUUUAUCUCACACACACAGACACACACUUGCACCUUCCACAACUGGUUUGAGUUCUCUUCACUGCAAAUGGUCUCACUGGGUUUCAUCUGGAAAGUCUACAUUUCUUUUGAUCAUUAGUCUUUUAUGAAUGCGUUUCUUUCUUUUAACCAAAGUUAUGUUUGUAGCCAAAACUAUAAUGGAUUGUUCUCUAGCUUUAAUUACGCGGGCAGUCAUACAUACUGAUGCCUGUGUGUCAAGCAUUUGUGCAAAGGAGGGAGUUUUAAAGAGACAAUCUUAUUUAUUUAUGUGGCGCGGGAGGCCUGGGGAGCAUUAACUGUAGUACGCCGAGUCAUCCUGCAGGUGGCAGUGUAGCUUUAACGUUACCGUAGGUUACUUGUGACUAUAAUGCUUAUCUAGGAUAAUGCUUAAUCUGAAUGGUACUUGUUUACAUAAUGAUGCGCAGAUGGCCAGUCCUAUAAGACAACUGCCCUCCCUCCAUACAAUAAAGUUAAUUCUCACUACAUAUUUCUGCAAUAGGCAAAAUGCAUUGAUAUAAUGGGUAUUUUACUGCAUGAUUGUGUGUACGUGUGUACGUGCAUGUGUGUAUUCUUGCAGAGGGGUGUGUGUGUGUGUGAAUAGUGAUUAGUGAUUCUGGUCAUUUUGUUUUUAACUUCUCACCUUAAUCUUAAUUUUUAGGUACAAACCCCCCAAUCAUCUUUCUUCCUCUGUCUCUCUGCAUCCCUCCCUAUUCUGUCUCCCCUCUCCCUCCAUCUGUGUGUCUCACCGUUCCCUCCAUCUCCCUGUCUGUGACACGGUUUAUUCUAAUCCUUCCUUUCUAAUUCAGUGUGUAAUUGAUGUGCUGAUCCUCUGCACUGUGCUCCAUCCAAACCACUACCAUUUUGGAAGCUUGGCAGUGUUUACCUUUCGCCUCGUGCCACCCUCAACCUGCCACAAAGUGGCAAGCAGACCCAACAAAUCAUGUCCCCAUCUCAUUCAGACCUUGCGAGGGACGUGCCAAAAUCUGGAUCUCAAGCCAUGGAACAGUCGAAUGGAAAAGCCUUCGUGGUAGUCAGAGGUCGAGGCUCAGUCUCAUAACCGUGUUGUGUAAUAGACAGAGAAGUGCAGUACAUCUGAGCCGAGUGCCGUUGGGAUUUAUAGCGUGGAACGGAUUGGAUUUGACCUCUCAUUUAAGGAUUCAUCUUUAUCGUGCUCUGUGGUAUUUAUCCGUAAUCUUCGUUAAUGGAUGAGAGCCUCUUUUUAAGUAAACAGACUGCAGCUCCUUUUCCUGUUCCUCUCCAUUAUGCGUUCUUUUUCACACCUUUUCCUUAUGCCCCAUUAUCUCUUCUACUGCUCCAGUCUUCACCCCCCACCGGUCAUCAAACAUCUAUAAUUACACGUGAUUGUGUGAAUGAUGACACACACAGUUAGUUUAAUCAGCCAUUUUGCAGUCCAUUUGUGUGGAGCAUCUAAAUGAUUCAGCUGUUGAUACAGAGAUGGUCCUUGCUCGUCAGAGCAGAGUUAAGAGACUGCUUGCCUUUAAAACCAUAGAGAAAGUUUAGAUUCAAAGGUCCUUUAGGGCUGAACCAGGAUUUUGGCAGGAAAUCCUGUGAAACCUUAGACCACCAUCCCAUGCUAAGAAGAAGGCUGUUGUGUGUCUGUGAGAGUAGACCAGUGCUAUAGGGAAAGCCACUGGGGGGGGAAUAAUCCAGGGCUAAGGAGAAGGCUGUGGGUGUGUGGGUGUGUGUGGUCCAUUGCUAAGGGAAAGCCACCAUGUGGGUAUGGGUGUAUCCAGUUCUAAGGGAAGGUCAUUGUGGGUGGGGGGUGUAGUCCAUUGCGAAAGGUAAGGCUGUCGUGGGUGUAGGAGACGGGCAAGAAUGUUCAUGGCAGCAGCUGAGGACUCCCCGUCUCCAUGUAACCUGAUGUCUUUAAUAAUGUGGCCAAAGGUUUAAAUGCCCAUCUAAAUGGGGAAAAUGGUACUGUUUUAUAAUGUAUGAUGAGAAUUUUUGUUGGUAUAGAUUCUUUAAAAUAUACAUUUAAUUUUUGUAUAUGAUCUUGGGUUUUAAAUAUGGCUGUUAUGUCAGUAUCUUAAAUACGAAUGGUGACAUUGAUUGUGGAUCAUGUUAGUCAUGAUUUUAUGUGAGUUCUACUACUGACUAGAGGGGAGAGUUCCAGGUGAUGUGUGGUGUGUUAUUACAUAUGAGGGAACCUUCAGAGUAUAAUAAAGAUGUCAACUUUUAGUACCUGUCCUACAAAGUUUCCACAACAAACAAGCAGUCCAGUUCUCUCUCCAAACCCUCAAACACAUCUAUCAUUGUAUUCAUGAGUGGGAAACUUCUAACACAUCCAAGCCCCCAAGCAGUCUACUUUUCACUGUUCUUUUAAAUGUUUGUGUAAAAUUGCAUGUGCCACAGCUGAUAUUGGUCUUCAUUUUGCUUUUAUGAACUCUGGAACUCCUGUGGAUAGUAAAUCCUUGUGCUUGUGGAGACACUAAAGACAGCAAGUUUUUCUUCAUAUAAACAGCAGCCCUUGUGGUUCUUGUACAUUUUAAGAGUUUCAUAUUCAAUUGUUCCUAAGGCCAGACACCAGAGACAUGGAAAAAUCGAAUUACUUUGUUACAUUAUUUAACUGUGUUGUAAUUGGUUAAAUUCUUAUAUUCGUCAGGAUUUUUUUUUCUUUUCCAUUUUAACAUUGGUGCACUUUUAUUUUUCUUCCCUUUAUCUUUUGAUUUUUUUUUGUUUGUUUUUUUUUUUGCUUUUUGUUUUGUUUUUAACAUAUGUAUUGUAGAGAUAUUACAAACAGAUUGAAUAUCUGUUCUGUAGAUCCAGUCUGAUGGAUUCAGCACAAUACGUAGUUAAGUACAGUUAAGACAUAUUUAAGUAGUACUUCUUGCCAUUCUUAUUCUUAAAGGUAGAAGAAUGGUUUGGCUGACAUAAAGAGAACAGUGUUGUAGCCUAUUUCUGUAAACCACAGAUAGGAGUUCCAAAGCAAGCCUGAACAAGCCUGGACUGACGGCAGAAUGGCUGCUUCCCCGAGACUCAUAGAUUAAGCCAAGUGCAUGUGAUUUUUCCUAUCUCUCUAUCUCUUGCUUUUUUUCUCUCCUACUCUCCACCUUCUGCGUUUCCUGAUCUUUCUUACUGAAACACUGUAAGUAGAGAAAUGCUGGUCUGGAUUGUGAAAGGGAACAAUUAUAGCUCUGGGUGUAAGUUUUAUUGCCUCGGUGGGAUGAUGUAUGGAACUGUACAUUCAAUAAAUAGAAGAUUUUGUCAGAAA